UGGAUUUAGUAAAAAUGUAUUGGUCCUUUGUGUUAAUCUUUUACAGCUCAGUGCGAAGUAUGGCCCGGUUUUCACAAUAUACGUGGGUUCACUGCGGGUUGUGGUGCUGUAUGGACAGGAGGCUGUGAAGGAAGCUCUGAUUGAUCAAGGGGACGAGUUCAGUGGAAGAGGAAAACUGGCACUGGCGGACAAGCUUGCCAAAGGAAGAGGCAUUAUAUUCAGCACUGGGGAGCGGUGGAAACAGCUUCGCCGAUUUGCCCUCACCACCCUCAGAAACUUUGGGAUGGGGAAGAAAAGUGUUGAGGAAAGGAUCCAGGAGGAAGCUCGUUUUCUGGUGGAAAGGCUCAGAAACACACACGAGCGACCCUUUGACCCCACCAUCCCUCUCACCCACGCUGUCUCCAACGUCAUCUGUUCCGUUGUCUUUGGAGACCGAUUUGACUAUGAAGAUCAGAAGUUUCUGACAUUAAUUAAGCUCACAGAGGGAAACGAUGAACUCUUUCGCUCUUUCCUGGCACAGCUGUACAAUUUUUUCCCAACUCUCAUGGAUUAUAUCCCUGGGCCUCACCAGCAGUUAAUUAAAAAUGCGGAGGAAUUUAAAAGGUUUGUUCUGGCGAGGGUGAAGAUGCACAAAGAGUCUCUGGAUCUUAGCUGCCCUCGAGACUUCAUUGAUGCUUUCCUCAUCAAAAUGGAACAGGAACGUCAAAACAGCCAGUCGGAAUUUAACACUGAUAACUUGGUAAGAAGCACAUUGGAUUUAUUCUUUGCUGGAACGGGAACAUCCAGCACCACCCUGAACUAUGCGCUCCUGAUUCUUCUGAAAUACCCAGAAAUAGAAGAGAAAGUUCAUGAAGAGAUUGACCAUGUGGUUGGCCGAAGCCGAAGCCCCUGCAUGGCAGACCGAAGCCAGAUGCCCUACACAGAUGCUGUGAUACACGAGGUGCAGAGAUUCAUUAACCUUGUCCCAUUGAAUGUCCCACAUGCAGUGACCAGAGACACUCAUUUCAGACAAUAUGUUAUCCCAAAGGGCACCACUAUAUUCCCUGUUCUGCAGUCGGUCCUAGGUGACAGCAGAGAAUUUCCAAAGCCAGAGCAAUUUAACCCAGGACAUUUCUUGGAUGAAAAUGGUGCCUUUAGGAAGAGUGACUUCUUCAUUCCUUUUUCUGCAGGGAAACGGAUUUGUGUGGGAGAGGCUCUGGCUCGGAUGGAGCUAUUUUUGCUACUGACAACGAUUUUGCAGAAUUUUACCUUGAAAUCUCGCAUUGACCCCAAAGACAUUGAUAUAACUCCGCUACCAAGUGCAGGGAUAAGUGCACCAAAACCAUACCAGCUCUGUGUUUUGCCUCGAUAAAGACCAUGAAAAGUCAUCUCCGUGUCCUACACCAGUAGUGAAUUUGAUUGUCUAUGAUCCUGGACUCAUUAGUACAGUGACAGAAAUGAACUCACUGUCUCGAAACAGAAAGCUAAAUAAUCUGGCUUUUUAAGUAACUGUGA